CAUCUCCGGCGGAGUGAUACUUCUCCUACAAUGAACAAUCUUUGAGACAAACAACUUUCUUCCACCUGCCAGGUAACUUCUGGCAUAAACGUUGGAUUACAAAACGACAUAACUUUCAACAAAAUCACAAGGUUAACGAAGUUCUGGAGAUGUGGAUCGACUAAAACCGGGCUGGUGGAAACGUUCAGGGAAAUUUCCAGGAUUGCUGUGUCUGAAAAUGGCUUCCUUGAGCAAAAGGAGUAGCUGUAAACACUGAGGAUCUUUAUAAUUCAACUGGAUAUUGGCUAGAAAUCAAUAAACAAAUAAAAAUAGUUUCAGAAUGGCUGGUCAGGAUGGGUUAGUCAUGGAUUUGAAUGAUGUGGUGGUUUUUCCACCUGAUGGUUCAAAUGCAAAACCUAAAGUAGCAGAAGGUGAAAAACAAGAAGACAGUGACACCAGCGCAGAGGAGCUGAAGGAGAGCACAGAUGAGGAGGAGGAGGAGGAGGAAGAAGAAGAAGAAGAAAUGGCGAAAUCUGCUCAUUUUGAGCCGUCCACUUUACCCUGGUCUGGAGACAAACACAGGAGGCUGCUGCUGGAGCAGGACGACAUCUUAGGGCCCGAGGAGAAGGACUCUGGGUUGAGUCAGGACCUGUCAGAGGAGCGAAGCCAAGCGGACGGAGAUGUGAGGAGCAUAGCGAAGUGCAGGGAGAGCAUGCCAGAGGAUGAGAGGUGGAGGGACGACGAGAUUGAGCUGCAGAGGAACGACAAAGGAGACGGCUCACUGGCCGAUGAUGAAGACGAGGGGGACGAGGGGUGGAUGUCCGAGAAACCGUCUAUGGGUUUCACUCCACAUGUCAUGAUCAUGUGUCCCACCACCAAGGAGCUUCCUGAGGAAGAGCGGUACUACAGGGAGGAAGAGGAGGUGGAGGAGGAGGAGAAGCGGGAGCUGAACAUGGAGCACAACCCCGAUGCACAGUUUUACCACGAGUGGGAAGAUCAGGAGGACAAGUACUAUGUGUGCAGCGAGAAGCUGCAGCUGGUGCUAGCCACGCUGGCCGCAGGGUUAUGCUUCCCCCUGCUGGUGUGGGGUGGAUACGCGCUGCUGCCCUUUGACCCACCCAAGCUCGACAGCGCCCCCUACAGAGUGCUCUACACACUUCGCUGCUCAUUUUUUGCCAUCAUCCCCAUCAUCCUGGGUGUGUUGGUCCAGGGAAUCGUCCGGCUGCGUUUCAGCGCCGUGAAGCCGCUCUAUCAGGGUCAUCUGGUGGACAAGGAAGUGAUGGUUCACUGGCACUAUGUCAACGAAUCGCUGUAUCUCUUCCUCUUCUACUUCCUGCAGCUUGCCGUCAUGGCAACGUACAUCAGCCAGGACCUUCUUAAGCUGGUGCCGCUACUCACCAUCAUAUUUGUUUUUGGCAGGCUGAUCUACUGGGUCUGCCUCGCUCUGGGCAGCACCAUCAGGGCCUUCGGCUUCGGCUUCUCCUUCCUGCCCGUCCUGGUGAUGCUGGGCGCCAACGUCUACUUCGUCUGCUCGGAGGUCGGGCCGGGCUCCGUGUUCGACGUGGCGCCGCCCAGCACCGAUCCUUCGCCCAAGGUGCACUAAUGAUUUUAAGGUCUCCAAAACGUGGUGAGAAAAGCAGCUGCGACACCUUCAGGAACCUCAGGAAACAUGACUUACUCAGGCCAAUCGCACAGACACCUUUUGCAUGUUUAAUCAUUAAGUUUGAGUCUGAUUUAGACUUUUAUGUCUCUGCGGUGAACAUGUGGCGAGUUAAGCUGCUUGUUUACAACGGAAAACCAACCAAACAAGCUUAGUUUGGAAAUCUGUAAUGACUCUGUAAAUAAAACCACUGAAUUUACUGGGUUGGAAGCCAAACAAAACUUCUGCUCUCACUUAAUAUCUACAAAUACGUCUGAUCUAGUUAAAAUCCUGAGGAUUAUAGUGUUCACUAUUCAUUCCUGUAUUAACCUUUGCAUCGCCCUGCCUGUAGUUAUAUAGUUAUUAGUUGUUAUAUGCAACCAAACUUACAUAUUUUCUCUGCAUUUUUCUAAGUGUUUACUUAUUAUGUGCCAAUUAUCUGCUAUUAAAGAGAUUAAGUUUGUUUUGUUUGGCUCAGAUAAGCAUCUGAGGCUCUCAGUCUGUGUUUGAAUGAAACCUUAGUAACAAUAUGCAAUUAAAACCAAUUUAUAACAUGUGCCUCUUUUUUUAAUUUUAUAUUCACUUAAAUGAACAAAUGUAAGUAAAAAAUGUUCUUAAUGUAUAAACAAGCGACUAUCUGGUUGUAGACUUUAAAAGUCUGAAUUAAAUGAGAAGUGUGAAAACUUUGGAUUUAAUGAGUCUAUUUUGAAUAAACUAAAAUGUCAGUUUUGAUUAAUAAAAACAUAAAAUAUGAGCUUCAAUUAGAGAAGAGCAAGUGGGAGAAAUGUUUGAUUUAAAUAGAGAAAAAUUUAAAGUUUGAUCAAAAAGUCCAGAGUAAAUCCUAAACAAUUUGGUUUAUCUAUUAAAGAAAAAAAAAACAUUUCUAAACCUUUAUUGAAUUAAAUUGUUGUAAAUAUGUGGUUUAGAGUGUAAUCGAUAACAGUUGUUCCCUUUGACUUUUUUACAUUUAAAUGUGAAGUUUUAAAUUUGUAUUUUUAUGUUUUUUUAUUUCUGUUUAAAUGUUUUGCAAAACAAGUUGGAUUCAUAAAACAAAUUGUUUUCACAGAUUUCCCCUCAGUCCCUCAAAGCACAAACGCUAAAAACAAAAAAAAAAAA